CACCCUCGAGCCGCGGGCGAUGCGUCUCCUGGUCCUGACGGCGCUUCUGGCUGCAACGCCCCCGCCGGAUAUCUGUGGAGCUCUGAAUGUCACUGUCUCUCCAGGACCCAAAGUACAAUAUGUGGUUGGAGACAAUGCUACCCUAUUUUGCCAUGUUUCUCAAAAAAGACGACUAGAGAAUCUGCUAGCUGUCCGCUGGAUCUUCGCCCUUCCACCUACCCAGGAGUAUCUCAUGAUCAAAAUGACUAAAUAUGGAGUAGUCCAGUACUAUGGAAAUUACACACAUCAGUUCUAUAAACAAAGGCUUCAUCUUCUUAAGGAGAGACAUAGAACAAUAUACACAUUUUUGAUCCUGAAUCUCCAACAAGCUGAUCAGGGGAACUAUAUUUGCAAAGUUCAGGAGAUUGGCAGGCAUAGGAACAAGUGGACGUCAUGGUCUAAUGGCAGUGCAUCGACUGAAAUCCAAGUGAUUUCAUCCCAAGUUUCAGAUGACUCCACUGCUGAGAGAAACUACAAGGCCUGGAAGAUUUUUGAAGAUCUGUAUGUCUGUGCUGUAUUUGUGUGCUCUGUGGGCAUUGUCAGUAUUUUGCUGUUCACUCUUGUCAUCUUCUGCCAAACCUUGAUCAACAAAAAACAAUCCCAUGUGAAACAUUACUUGGUGAAGUGUUCCCAGAACAGUUUAGGGGAGGCAGUUAACAGUGUGACCAGCUUGUCUCCAGUGCCACCCAUAAAAAUCAAAAGGAAGGAGAACGUUGAACAUGCUCCUGCUAUUCCAGCCAAAGCACCACUAUCCAACACUUUCUCUAAACCUAAACUCUUGAAACAACAAAGAAAAGUCCUCCUGCCGAAAAUUGCUGACAAGAAUUUAACCUAUGCUGAACUGGAACUCAUCAAACCUCACCAGGAAUCAAAAGGCAUUUCCACUAUGACUGUCUAUGCUCAGAUUCUCUUUGAGGAAAACAAGAUGUAAUGUAUGUCCAGAAUAGAGCCU